AAGAAAAAGAAAGAAAGAAAAAAAGAAAGAAAGAAAGAAAAAAACGAAAAAGGAAUCAAAACAAAAAUCACAAAAAAAAACGAACGAAAAAUUUGAACAUUAAAACGAAAAAUUGUGAGAGAGAGAGAGAGAGAGAGAGAGAGAGAGAGAGAGAGAGAGAGAGAGAGAGAGAGAGAGAGAGAGAGAGAGAGAGAGAGAGAGAUUGAUAAAAACUGAAAUUAAAAGCUUGUGAAAAUAUUGUGAUGAUAGGAGUGGUUUGGGGGUGAGGAGGAGGAGGAGGAGGAGGAGGAGGAGGAGGAAGACGAGAGGAGGAGGUAUAGGAAGAAAGGAAGAAGAACAAGAAGAAGGAAAACAAGAAGAAUAGAAGAAGAAGAAGAAGAAGAAGAAGAAGAAGAAGAAAACCACAACAACAACAACAACAACAGCAACAACAACAACAACAACAACAACAACAACUACUACUACUACUACUACUACUACUACUACUACUACUACUACUACUACUACUACACCAUGCUUCCUACUGACCACUUAACUACUACUACUACUACUACUACUACUACUACUACUACUACUACUACUACUACUACUGCUACUAGACGUGCCCGCGCGCCCACGCCCACGCCCAUGACUUCUGUAUGGGCGUGUUUACUUCUCUUUGCGUCCGUGACAGGGGAGGAGGAACCGAGCGGACCCCCGGGGAUCGAUUGGGCCCAGUGGUGGACCUAUGACGGCAUCUCAGGGCCUAAAUUUUGGGGUGUCGUGAACCCUAAGUGGUCAAUGUGUAGGGUAGGAAGACGACAAUCCCCUGUAAGCAUUGACCCAAAGACUCUCCUGUUUGACCCCAAUUUGACCCCCUUUAGUGUGGACAAGGCGACGGUGAGUGGUGAUUUGGUAAACACUGGACACAGCAUCGAGUGGCGAGCCGGGUUCGGAUCCCGUGCCCUUGUGAACAUAACAGGAGGACCACUGAGCUACACUUACACCCUCACCCACGCCAGGCUUCACUUCGGGGCGCGGGACACCCAGGGGAGCGAACACCUGGUGGGGGGCAAGGCCUUCCCUGCAGAGUUACAACUCUACGGUUACAACUCUCAAUUAUAUAGAAAUUACACACAAGCAUCUUCUCAAGUGUAUGGAAUUGUUGGGAUUGCUCUAUUAAUUCAGAUAGGUGACCUGAUGACGCCGGAGCUAAGAGUAUUGCUGGAGGGCGUGCAGAACAUCACUUACGGAGGCACAUCAGUUGCAGCAGCGUCGUUGGUAGUUCACGCCCUCCUCCCUAACACUGUCCACUACCUAACGUACGAAGGGUCCCUAACUGAGCCUGCCUGCCACGAAUCUGUAACUUGGAUUAUUCCUAACAAGCCUAUCUACAUAAAUGUGGCAAUGAUGCACAGGCUACGGCGGCUGAGACAAGGGAACCACACGCUAGCCAACGCCCCUCUAUCAAAUAAUUUUAGACCACUGCAAGAAUUUAACCACAGGACUGUUAGAACGAAUAUUUUCUUCACUACAGCCGACCAGAGAGAGCGUUGCCAUCUUCAUGAUCCCAGAAUUAUUUACAAAGCUGGGUCUUGGCUUACUUCGUGACUCGCCAGCCGCCAUCUUGGAUUUAUAGUCAAUUGAGUUAUAUAAGUCCCGUCCUACUACUACUACUACUACUACUACUACUACUGCUACUACUACUACUACUACUACUACUUGUAUACUAGCUGUUGAUUACUACUACUAUUACUACUAAUAAGGGUAACUAGUUAACUACUACUACUACUACUACUACUACUACUACUACUACUACAGGAGACUGAGCUGUAUAUAAGUAGAGAGAGAGAGAGAGAGAGAGAGAGAGAGAGAGAGAGAGAGAGAGAGAGAGAGAGAGAGAGAGAGAGAGAGAGAGAAUUAGCAUAAAUUUAACCUUUUUCCUCCAACUCCUCCACCUCCUCUUCCUCCUCCUCCUCCUCCU